AUGGUGUUUGGUCUGUGCUGCCAGAGAGAGAGGCUAUACAAGUUCCUGUAUGUAGUACACAUCUUCAUUCUUGCAGGAGUGGUGUACUACUAUUUUCAGGGGUGUGUGGGGAAAACAGCCCCUGACCAUGAGAUUGCUGGGGAAUCAUCACAGCCCUUAGGGGAGACCUUAAGGCCAGUGUGGGGACUGAUGGAUAAAUGCUACCCUGUGACCGCUCAGAGACGCAGAGUCAAGAGUGGGGAGAAGCAAGACUCCGAGGCCAUGACCCCCAAGGCAACAGGAGGACCGAAUGAUGCUGCCCCCAAGGAGGAGACUGAUAUCUUAUCUUCGGAUGAGGGGGAGAUGAGGUCCCCAGGAGAGGAAGCAGGCAGCCCCAUUCCUUCCCCCAUUCCUGCUGGGAAGGAGGUAUCUGAGGAGGAGGAGGUGGCAGGGACCCCAGGCUGGGAGGAAAAUAAAAAGGUCCGCAAGGACAUUGCUGCAUAUACUUCCGAGGCUUCUGAGGUGGACCUCAUGGAGGAAAGGCCUGGGGGCUGGGUCCCCCAGCUCCUGAGGAAGCUCUGGCUGGGCUGGUUCCCAGCCUCUGACAUCCCCAAGACUCAGAGCCACGAAUGA